CGAGCGGGGCGGCGCGGCUGGCGGGGCUGGCGGGGCUGGCGGCAGCGGCUGAAGCGAGAGCGCGACGCGACGCGACGCGACCGUGGCUUCCUGAGCUCCGCCUGGCUGCCGAGCUCCGCAGCCCGCCCGAGGCCUGGAGGGGUCCGGGCCGCCGUCCAUGGUCUCGGCGUCCUGAGGCGGGGGACGCACUCGGCGCCCCCAGCCCUCGUCCGCCUCCUGCUGUCGGGCGGGCGGCCUCCUCCGGCGCCUCCCUGCGCCCUCCCGCCCGCUCGCCCGCCGCCACCCUCCCUUCUUCCCUGCGGCUCCCCCGGCUUUCGGGAGCCCGGGGGCGGCCUGUGGCGCGCCGAGCCCGCGCCGGACUGCGCCUCUUUGGACCUUGAGGGGAAACAUGCGUUUGGCUUGGAUCGUUUUACAUUCUUAGUUUGGGAUCCCCGCCCGCCUGCCUCUUCCGCCCCGCGGAUUUUUCUUUUCUUUUUUUCCUUUUUUUUCCCUCCCGGUCUCCUUUUUGACUCCCUCCCCCUUUAUGCUCGCCCAACCUUCCCCUAGCUACUGAGAAGUGGGGGAGGGUCUAGGCCUCCAGGUUCCCGCCCCAUCGGGGCCUGGGCGAGCAUGGGGGGCAAGCAGAGCACGGCGGCCCGCUCCCGGGGCCCUUUCCCGGGGGUCUCCACUGAUGACAGCGCUGUGCCCCCGCCGGGAGGGGCGCCCCACUUUGGGCACUACCGGGCGGGCGGCGGGGCCAUGGGGCUGCGCAGCCGCUCGGUCAGCUCUGUGGCGGGCAUGGGCAUGGACCCCAGCACGGCCGGGGGGGUGCCCUUUAGUCUCUACACCCCCUCCUCCCGGGGGGCCGGCGACUCGGAGAGGGCGCCCGGCGGCGGAGGGUCCACGUCCGACUCCACCUAUGCCCACGGCAAUGGUUACCAGGAGACGGGCGGCGGUCACCAUAGAGACGGGAUGCUGUACCUGGGCUCCCGAGCCUCGCUGGCGGAUGCUCUACCUCUGCACAUCGCACCCAGGUGGUUCAGCUCGCACAGUGGUUUUAAGUGCCCCAUUUGCUCCAAGUCUGUGGCUUCCGAUGAGAUGGAAAUGCACUUUAUAAUGUGUCUGAGCAAACCUCGCCUCUCCUACAAUGAUGACGUGCUGACUAAAGACGCGGGUGAGUGUGUGAUCUGCCUGGAGGAGCUGCUUCAGGGGGACACGAUAGCCAGGCUGCCCUGCCUGUGCAUUUAUCACAAAAGUUGCAUAGACUCGUGGUUUGAAGUGAACAGAUCUUGUCCAGAACACCCCGCGGACUGACCCUGCCAGGCUCGCUUGCUGACUCCUCUCAAAGGUUUAUUUCAUUUAUUCCAAGUAAACUCCCAGGACAGCUGAUGAUGUCAGACAAUUCAGGGACAUUUGCUCUUUUUACCUUCACCUCAAAAACUGAGGACGUGGGGAGAAGACACAGCGAGGGGGAGAGUAAGGCGGAGGGAGUGGAGCCUGGCUCCGGCUGCAAGUCCAAAUUCCUGGCAUGAUGUUUGGCUUCGGGGCCCCAGACCGGAACCACAGGCGCCCGGCCCAGCCUCAGCAGAUGCACGCGGCUGGCCUCAGGCCCAACGGAGCACGACUUACGUCUUACGGUCCCCACAGGGACAGCCAGGCCCCCGUUCCUGAGAGGAGGCUUCGGACACUGGGGCAGAGCUGAGCUGGGGACUCCAGUGGGAACAGGGCACCCCUCCUGCACUGACUUCCAGAGAAUGGUCCCCCUUCCCCCCGAGGACACCAGAUUGGAUGAGAGCGCGUUUGAGAGAAGAAAGCAUCACCCGCCAUCCUUCCCCGCAUCCUCGUCCCAGGAGGGAAGGGGCAUUUUCUUUUUCACCUUUGAAAGGCGUUGUGGGUCUGUCUCUAAAGUGUUUACAAAAAAAAAAUUAUAAAACAACAAAAA